AUGUCUGCCAAUCGGCGCCCCCCUCAGUUCGUCGCCCUGUGCGGGGGCACCGCUCGCACACCCCUUGUUACGGCACCGCUCGGGAGGUGCCAGCCUCGACUCUCAAGGCUCAUCCUUGAGGAGAUACUCGUUCGUUUGCUCGAUUUCGUCGCGGGUUUCUGGGUGUCUGGGGCGGGAGUGGAAGAUGAAAUGCAUUCGGAUAGCCUGCAGUGGAUCAUCGAUGGGUUCAGCGAACCCGACUCUGGCGUCGAGUUUCUCGAGGGAAACGGAAAUGGAGCCGAUUCCGCUGAUCGUUUCCUUGUGCUUGCGGCCGUGAUACAGAGCCGCCAUGCAAAUGACAGUCGGAGGAGUUACCAGGCGCUGAAAUUUCUGGCCGUCGGUUGGCUCCGUCGGAAGAUGGCCGACCACGAACAGUGGACUGCAGAGGUGGACACGAGCAACGAAGACACUUCCGUCUCCCUCGCGUUCCAGCAAACCAUGAGCGCUCAGGACACGUUGGCCGAGGCCAAAGCGCUCUUCACCGAGUUCGAAGUCGGGGAGAUGGAGAUCGAGGAAGAGGAAGGGCCCUAAUCGAAGAGGAAACAGAGAGACGCCCGAGUGCAGAAAGGGAGCAGGAGGACCCAGCUUUCGUCGGUGCCAAUUACCUCAAUGUGUCCCAAUUUUGUGAUCUUUCUAAUGACUCCUGUCGCUGUGAUGGAGCUCAUGUGCCUCAAAGCAUGGAAUAGGAAUUUUUUAAUUUUCUGUUUCUUUCUCACGUGGCAAAAUUCUGCCGUUUUCCUCUUUGACCGCAUAACUGCCUGCUCGUUGUUGCUCAAAAACAUUACCCUCUUUGAUGAUUUUGAAUGCUCUUGAAACAGGAAGAAGAC